UGUGUUGUGCUUUCGUGGUGGGAGUUUGUGGGGUCGUGCGGAAUACCUAAUGUAGCGCUCUCAAGGAUUGUAUACUUGUAUAGCUCAUUGUGUGUGAGGGAUCUAAAUAUAUGCCUAGGGACAUAAUAUGAGGUGACCAAGCUUACUCGUUUGGUUUGGACAACGUAAGAGUGAAAGAGGAAGAAGAAGAGGAUCAAGAUGGCGACUGUAAUGAUAGUUUUUCUUAUCUUCCUAAUAGCAGUGAUAUGUGUGUCACCGAACCCGGCUGCAACUAGGAAAGAGGUGAGGAAGGACCAUUGUAAUAAGACGGUGGACAUAUACGAGGAUGUAGUGUCCCCGGAAGUGACGCAGGAUACGUUUGGGAAGCCGAUGACGUGUUGGUACCGCUUCCGCAGCUUCCGGGGAACUCCCAAAGACUGGAUACUCAAGAUAAGGUUUAAGAAGUUCAAAGUAGGAACCCUGGUGAACGCUACCGACUGCCACAACGGGUACCUGCAGAUUGUAGACGGAAACGCCAAGACUGAGCUAAGCAAUCGCAAGGACCCGGGGCUAUUUUGUGGCGAGACAGAACAAGCGCAGACGUUCAUAUCUGAGACGAGCUUCGUGAAGUUGCUGUUCCACGUGGACAACUUCACAGACCAGACGUACUUCAGCUUCGACAGCCGCGCCGAGCAGCAGUUCGACGUGUAUCUGCGGUAUGGCCAACACCCUGAGCUCUACCCUAACAGAAGGGGACAAGUGGUGGCUGGGUCCUACUGUGAGAGGGUUUUCAAAGACUGCCGUCUGCAGACCUGCUACGUCCAGUCUCCCGCGUACCCGGGAGUUUACCCGCGCAAUCUCCACUGCUCCUACCAUCUCAACACUAGGUUGCCCUUCAUCAAACUGUACAUAGAGAAUGAGGAGUUCAACAUCGACGGUCAACGCUGCGAGAACAUCAUGACCUGCCCGAUGAGGCCGAUAUCAUCAGGAGCUGAACAUUGCCCUUACGACUACAUCAAGAUCUACGACGGCAAGGACUCGUCUAGUCCUGUCAUAGGAAUCUUCUGUGGGAUGGGGAAGUUUCCUUACUCCAUCAUCGGGACCAGCGAGGACCUGUUUGUGGAGUUCGUCACUUCACCAGCAGGCCCACUACUCAACACCGGGUUCCACUUCAACGUGGGCAACUGGCCGGGGCACGUGGAAACAGCUGGUAGCCGUACGGGAGCCUGUGAUUGGCUGUUGACCAGCGAUGAUCUUGUAGCGUCCGGUGAUAGCGAGGGCAUCUUCUUAUCAGUGGCUCACUGGUACCCGCCCCACACCAGCUGCACGUACCUCAUACAGGGGAAACCCAACCAGAUAGUUCGGCUGUACUUCCCCAGUUUUAGAAUCAACCGCAUAGAGUCGCCCAUCACAGUGUUUGACGGGGAUUGUGGGGAGAGCCUCACUCUCUACGACGCGUCUUGGCCUGAUGACGCCCGUAUCAUCAAAACGUUCUGCGACACGUUCUCUAGACCUAUGGAGAAACACGACUUUGUCUCCACUGGGGACGCUCUAUUCGUCAGGUUCGAGAGCAAAACUGGAAGCUACUCCGGAUCUUCUCUGUACUACUGGGCUCAUUACGACUUCUUCAACAACACAAGAUACGGUCGCCCAGUUCAAGAUACCGUCUGUGAUGAAGAAAUCGCUUCCUGGACCAAGUCUUCGGGAUAUCUCAGAUCUCCAGUAAACACACUCGUCUACAAACGUACCGAAGCCGACGGAGAUCUUCAUUGCCGAUACAAAUUCGUCACUGAUAACAGACUGUUUGCAAGAGUUAUCCUAACAAUCAAAAGUAUCAACUUUAAGGAUCACCCAUUCAACUCAGCUCCCCCAGAGGAGUGCUGGGACGGCAGAAUGGACAAGCUGGUCAUCUGGGAGCCUGCGCUGGUCAACAUAUCGUACCAUCCUCCAAGCAUCGCAACCAUCCCAAGCUCUGGCAAGGCGGGUGCACACUGUCUCUGCAGAACAACCCCCUCCAAGGGUGGCCGGCCAGUUACCAUAGUGACGUCAUCCACGGAGACGCUGAAUCUAGAGUUGGUGGUGGACGUGGGUCACUCAGCCUCUAGCUACUUCAAACACCCUAGUCCGUUGUUUGAGGCUACAUACGAGUUCAUCCACGGGCCACUGUGUGGACCUGCCAACAUCCCUGCUAGCACUGAGGGUGAGCUUCACUACCCUCACUAUGAAGCUCUCGGCUUCACAGAACCUCCAAGGUCGUUGAAGUGCCUCUGGGAAAUCAAGGUCAACCGAGAAAGAGACGUUUGGUUGCACUUUGACAAAGUCAGGUUUGCAACAAGGGAUUGCCAAGAUGGAAGAAUAGAAGUUUACCUCCCUUCAAGACCUGAAAUUCCAUACAUGACCAUUUGUGGACACAACGUCAGUGCUAAGGAAAUGCAACCACUCACCUCUUUGGAUCUUACUCCUCACACUGCAUCAGGCUACAGUUCACAGCCGUCGGUGAAGAUCCAGUUCAUCGGAACAGUCACGCCAGCAAGAGCCGGGUUCAAGAUAGCUUGGACGGAAUUGUUCCAUCUUCCGAGGAACGCUGACGGGACUUUGAUGACCUCGAAGAUGAUUGAUGAUGGAAUGACAGGCUCGCUGCAGAGUGAUGAUUGUGGAUUUGUCUGUCCAGGAGAGAAUGGUCUUUGUAUUCCCUCUUCGCUAGUGUGCAAUGGUGUUAUGAACUGUCCUGGUGUAGUUAACGGAAGUCUGGCCGCUGACGAGGCUUUGGAACUCUGCGCAGCAAGGAUUGACCAAAGCCAAGCAAACUGGUUCGUCAUUGCUAUAGGAGCGACUGGAGGCGGUCUGUUGGCAAUCGCGUGCAUCGUGCUUCUUUGCAAGUGCUGUUGUUGUUGCUGUGGCAAAAACGAUGACGAUGAUUACUGAUAUCACGCUUCCCCUGACCGCUAUCAUCUUCCACGAGAGAGAUAAAGUCUUUGGUUUCGUCGUGGUUGAAAUCAAGUGCUGGGAGCCCCUUUUAAGGUUUAUCUAUCAACUACAUUUAUAUGAUGAUAAGUAAAAUAUUUCUCGCAUUACUUCUUUUCCAAAGAGAACACAUAUUUUAACACCAUUAUUUCAUAGCAUAUGACACUCGACAAGUGGCCUAUGACAAACUUAAUUUUAUUUAGGACCUAUUUAGUCCUACGACGACCCAAGUCAUGGUAAAAGUACAACAGCUAAACGUACUUUUCUUUGUUUUAAGCUAAAACUAUUGACGGUAUUCCUAUGAGUCCACUGUCUUAUUUAUUGACGUUAUGUUUACAAUGUCCUCCACGUAAACCAUUAACCUUUCCUUAAAUCUAAUUUGUUAUUUUAUUGUAUGAGAAAAGCAUAAAUCUAAAUAACACAAAGUCCAAAUAUUUCCGACACAUUUCCAAAUAUGUCGUUUUCUAAGGUUUUGCUAAGAAUUUGAAAGAACAAUUUAGAGUUGGUAAUUAAAUGCUAUAACAUCUGUAGCUUUCUUUACUUUUCUAUGUAAUGUAUACUUUCGUAAGAGUACAUUCACAUGAUUAGUUGUGAACAAGACCUUCAUUCAUCCCUCCGGCUAAGAGCCUAUGGGCUCUAAACUGUAUUAUGUGUAUUUUCUCAUUAAAUCAACCUAAGCUCAUGUUCAAGGGGCUCCCCAUCAACACGCACCAAUCACGACUUACUCACUGUGAUUUCGGACACGUUUUAUAAAGUGACAUUUUUUAUCAGUGUGUUUUGUGAAUGCUCUUUAUAUUUUCAUAUUUAGAGGUAAGUCUAGAGCUCUUUCAGUGUAGCAAGACCUAAAUCUAAAUGCCAGGCCUUUUCCUUUUUUACACAACAGCAUUGAUUAUUUACGGUAUUACGAUUUCAUUAUUAUUGAAAAAUGCCCUUUUGAAAAUUUAAUUGGGUUAAGGAGUCCAUAAAUCCUAGAACUAUCGCUUAAGAUUGAGACAAAAAAUGUAUUACUAUUAAGACAUUUUACACAGCUUGUAUGCUCUCAGGAAGUAACUUGCUCUUAAAAUUUGUAUUCAAUUAAGUAAAUGACCUGAUAAGCUAUAGAUAGUAAGGAAAAAAUAAGGAAAACUGCAAAAAAUUAUUAAAAAGGUAACCGAGCUCUUGCAAAAGUUUUAAUUACAGUUCAAGUUUCUUUUUCUAUUAUGCAUUAACAGUUGUAAUACUAUAAAACUUAUGAUACUUUUUCAUAUUGUUUUAUGGCCUGGUAUUCAGAUUAAAGCCUUUUUGCCGUAAGAAACUGUAGUGUUCAUGUUUAUAAAAACUUUUAUAAAUAUUUCUGUAUCUUACGCGUUGUUUAAGUUUAUAUAAUUACGGCCUACAACACACUGAAGAUAAAUCGUUGAUUAAUUUAUUCACCGCGUAAAACAUUGUUAAUUUUGUUUAUAGGUUAAUGUUAAGUUACCAUAGCUUUAAGCGUAAAAAAUAUACGUGAAAUAUAGUUUGUAUGUAGAUAAAAAUAUAUAUUUUAUAGUGCCAUUAAGUUUCCAAAUAAUUUUAUAUUCAUUAAUAUUUUAAAAUUAAAUUUCACCAAAGCAAUAUUUCUUAUUCUAAACGUUACGUUAAAAGAUUUACUCUUUUACAUAUUUUUCUAAGCAAUAAAUAUAUCCUUAACUACAAAAUUGUGAGAAAUAAAACAAUUAAAAAUGUAUUAGGCCAUGUAAAAAAUACUUAUUGAUAAUUACAGCUGAUUUUAUGGAUAUAAUACGUGACAAUGUAAAAUUUAACUUUGAUCAAAGUGCUCAAAACAUUUUUAUAAUCAUAUAAUUGUUCAACGAAUAUGUAAACCAGUAAACCAUUACCUAUUAAAAUUCACAGAGAUAACGUGAGCUAUGUAAUUAUAUCAUCAAACAAUUUUAUUUUAAAAUACCACUGUCUGCUUAUGACAUCAAAUAAAAAUAGUAUACGAAAAUAAAACUAAUAUGUAUGAAAGAACCAAAACUAAGUUAACCACUUUGGCCACCUGAUAUUUCAAAGCUGGACCUUUCUCUUAGAAUACCGUAGAGAAGACCAUUAUAUAUGUCAUAUUUCUCCUGUUCACCUACCACAGACAAUGUACUGUACGUAGGACCAUCGCUUAGCCAUAGCAUAGACAAAUAGAAUUACAUAUAAACCAAAAUCGGUGCUGCAUUUCGCAUAAGUUCUGGCGUCCACCGCUUGGAGCACAUGUAGUUAAGGCGCACGUGCUACGUAACUACAUGACACUCCUAGCGGUGGAUGCCAGAACUCGUGCUAACCGCAGCACUGCAGGCGGUAUAUAUUUAAUUAUAUUUGUCUAUGGCCAUAGUCUGACCGGCUUCAAGCAAUCUGUAGCUGAUAAAAUUUGUAUUGUAUAUUUUAAUAAUAAAGAAAUUUU